UUUAAAGAAAUCCUUCAAUACUUUCUCUCAUUAAACCCUUCUCUCUCUCUCUCUCUCGAUUCCCCCAAAUCCUCACUCCAUCCAUCUCCGUACGGUGGCGAUUCGCUGCAUCGGCCUUAGCUCCGGCGCCGGUGCGGCCUCGGAGCUCCGUCCGCGCUGCUGCAUUGUGUGCUUCCCCGGUGUUCUGAUUCUGGUACUGUUGAAGAUCAAUGCUGGUGGUCUCGCCGUUGUCCUUCGUAGUUUGCUCUUAGUUUCAAGGUCGAUCGCUUACUUGGGGCUGUCGUUUCAGUACUGAUCCGACAUAUUUGUCGGGUACUGGUCCGCUGGAGGUGUGGAUGGCGUAAGAGGAGUUGCGUUAGGGAGACUGGGGGCGGGUUUGGAGGGAUUUUGAUGAAGCUUGUGGCGGGUUUUGUUGGAUUAGGGUUUUGUAUGGUGCUGUGAGAGAUGAGGGAGGGGUUGAGAUCGGGUAAGUCGAGGGAGAGGCUGCAGAAAGAUGAGGGGUCCUCUGGUAAAGUGCUUGUUCAGAAGAAGCUCUUUGACAUGGUUCGGAAGGUCGACCCCUGUGUUGACGUGAAAGAUGCUGUUCUGGAGUCAACUUGUACCGGCUCAGUGCAGAACGUUAGGACUGAGAAGCUAGAUGACUCGGGAACUUGUGGUGGCGAAGGGGAGGAUGUGAAUGGGUGUGAACGUGUAGAGGCAUUGGAGUACAAGAAGAAGAGGAGAAGGGAAGAUGGUGAUGAAGGGAGCGAAUGUCUGGGGCCGGAGAAGAAGAAGGUGAAAGAGGAAGUUUUUGAUGGGGAAGUGCAAGUUGGUGCUCGGGUCUUGCGCUCGAGAAUGAGGUCUGGCAGUACGGUUGAAGAGGAGAGGCUAGAGGAUAGGGUUGUCAAGGUAGGGAAGAAGAGAGGGCGAAAUCAUAAGAAAGAGAGCAAAAGAGUAAAAAUCAAAGAGGAUGAUGAGAGCUAUGAGCCGGUUGAGAAAAAUUUAAAGCGGAAGCGGGGAAGACCUUCUAAGGCAAGUGGUGCUGCUCCAAAAAGACGUGGUAGACCUCCCUUGGCCCAGGGGACCCUGGGUGUUUCGAGAAACCAUCUACAUAAGAAACGAAUUGCGUAUAAUUUGAGAAAAAGCCAGAGAAUUUUAAAAACAAAAGGUAAUCUGAAGCAGGGUGGUUCAACCAGGAGUUCAAAGAGGGGAACUAGAGUACGGGAUGAGUUUAAGUCAAAGAAUCCUGUAUUAUGUGAGGAGGUCGAAAAGUCAGAUCAGGAAAUGGAAGCUUCACCAGUACGAAGUUUGGUGGCAGGAAAUACGGUUAGUUUUGAUGAGGAUGGUGCGACUGAAGCUGGAAAAAGUGAAAUUAAUGAAGAUGCAGGACUCACGAGAGCUUCGGAAAAGCAAUUAGUAAGAGAUCGUAUAAUGAACUUGCUGUUUCAUGCAGGGUGGACAGUUGAUUAUAGGCCCAGGAAUAGAAAAAUAUAUAAUGAUGCAGUAUAUGUAAGUCCAGAUGGCAAAACUCACUGGUCUGUCACGUUGGCAUAUCGAGUUCUUAAAAAGCGUUAUGAGGUCGGUGACACUAGAGCCUACAAGGAAGGAUUCAUAUUUUCUCCUAUUCCCAGCGAGGAACUCGAUAUGCUAAAGAGGGUGCAAAUAAAGAAAAGGAACGGGAAAAAGGAGCAAAAGGGUUUAAAGAGGAUAGGUACUCCAGACAGGGCUCUUGCUAUGAAGAAGAAAAAGAAGAAAGGGGAAAUCCGUUCCGGUGUGAGCAAGGGUAGAAAGACACUUGAUGGCAGAAUGAAAAGGAAGUCUUUGCAAUAUGAGAGGGAUGACUCUGCUGAUGCUCACAAUGCACCUCAAUCUUCUGGGAUUCGAAAGCGCCGGGAGACACAUAAACGGAAGAGGUAUGCCCUUUUGGUUCGCCGGUCUGAUAAUGCAGAGUCAGAUGGAGAUGGUUAUGUGUUGUACAAUGGGAAACGAACUACAUUGGCCUGGAUGAUUGAUUCAGGAACUAUGAUAGAGAAAGCAAAGGUAUCUUACAUGAACCCAAGGAAGACACGAGCUAUGCUGCAGGGUAAAAUUAUGAGAGAUGGCAUUGAUUGUGGCUGCUGUGGCGAAGUUGUCACGAUGUUGGAAUUCGAGGCUCAUGCUGGGAGCAAACUCCACCGACCGCUUGAGAACAUAUUUGUGGAGAAUGGAAGCUCUAUACUGCAGUACCAAUUGGAUGCUUGGAACAAACUAGAAUCAGAGCACAAGUGGUUUCACUUCAUAGAUGUUAAUGGGGAUGAUCCAAAUGAUGAUACUUGUGGUAUCUGUGGUGAUGGUGGGAACUUGGUAUGUUGCGAUGGUUGUCCAUCAACAUUCCAUCAGAACUGCUUAGAUAUACAAAAGUUUCCUUCAGGUGAUUGGUACUGUCUAUAUUGCAUUUGCAAAUACUGUGGCAAGAUUGGAGAGGAUACAAACCAAAUGAGUAUUGAAGAGACGAAAAGAUCUUUGUUAUCUUGCUAUUUGUGUGAGGAAAAAUAUCACACAUCGUGCAUCCUUGCAGAUGAUGCAUUGAAGGGCGAACCUACCUUCUGUGGGAGGAAAUGUCAGGAGAUUUACAGCAAUAUAGAGAUGCUCCUCGGUGUCAAUCAUGAACUGGAAAAUGGAUUCUCAUGGACUCUGGUUCAGCGCUGUGAAGUUGCAGCAGACAUUUCUUCUAGUGAAGUACAACGCAAAAUUGAAUGCAAUUCCAAGCUGGCUGUUGCAUUUUCAGUGAUGGAUGAGUGCUUUUUGCCUUCCUCUGAUCAUAGAAGUGGGGUCAAUCUAAUUCAUAAUAUCCUCUACAGCUGCAGGUCAAACUUCAGCCGGUUAAAUUUUAGUGGCUUCUAUACAGUAACUUUAGAGAUGGGAGAUGAGAUUGUGGCUGUGGCAUCUAUCAGGAUCCACGGUAACAUAUUGGCGGAAAUGCCAUAUAUUGGAACUCGCUACAUGUAUAGGCGUCAGGGCAUGUGCCGUCGGCUGCUUACUGCUGUUGACUGUCUUCUCCGCUCCUUAAAUGUUGCAAAGUUGGUGAUACCUGCUAUCUCUGAACUGACGGACACAUGGACCUCUGUUUUUGGGUUUGAGCCUCUUGACCCCUCAACACAAAGAAGAAUGCGGAGCAUGAAUGUAUUAGUUUUCCCCGGUGUGGACAUGUUGCAGAAGCCAGUGUUGAAUAAUGGCUUCACAGGAGAGAGCAUAGUUCAUGAUGAAGGUUUAAUCACUUCUGAAGGUGAAGAUCAUCAGAGAGUGAAUGAGGCUGUGAAGGUCUCCGAUAGUAACAAUAUCUUCCAGGAGAAGCUUGACUUGAACAUUGCUUUUGAGGUUACCGAUGUAAAUGAUGCAGAUGAAACAGAAGGAAAGCCUUCUGUUCUCAAUCCUGCGUUUCAGCUUCUAAAUGUUUCCUCCAAUGACUCUUCUGACAUUACAAGUGAAAGUAUUGACUGCACAAAUUGCACUAAUGACAACAUCAGCCCAACCCAAUUAGGCGAGCCUUGUGACACGCUUGAGAGCAAGAGCGGAAAUGUGGGCAUUUUUGAUACUGACUGUGGUGAUUGGAAGCAAGCCAAGGAGAUCCAUUUGCAUCAUCAAAGUGCUGAAUCUGAUUCUCUUCCUCUGACAUCAGAUAAAUCUCAUCCUCAAUCUGGAGGAACAAAUAGUUGUUUGGGAUCUUUGCCUGAUUCAGUGGAGCUUGAUGGAGAUUUUACUUGUGAGGUGAAAGCCGGGAACAGCCCUACCGGAAUCUUCCAUGGUUCCCACAGCAAGGAUUCUGAAGUACUUCCUGUUGACGGUGGUCAUUUUGAUAGGUUGCAUGAUUCGAGUACUCUGAUUGGGUCUAAUGGCUGUGAACCAAGGAGUCAAAGCCCUAAUGACCCAGAUGAAGUGCUAGAAGCGAAAACUGAUGAAACCUGUGCACAAAUCUCGGGCCGUGAAUCUUGUAAUGGGAUUUGUCCUUCAUCAACUCAUGAAAACAGAGAUCUGCUGCCCGCUGGGAACUGUGAAGAUGGGCAUUUGGACUGCAAUCACUCUCCUGCAACAUCGAAUCCCGAUUUAGACCUCACUGUCAGUGCUGUGAUGCCUGCAAUGAUCAUCACACAUUCUGUUCGGGGAGAUUCAAGUCCUCUGAUUGGGUCUAAUGGCUUUGAACCAACGAGUCAAAGCCCGAAUGACCCAGAUGAAGUGCUUGAAGCGAAAACUGAUGGAACCUGUGCACAAAUCUCGGGCCAUGAAUCUUGUAAUGGGAUUUGCCCUUCAACAACUAAUGAAAACAGAGAUCUGCUGCUCACUGGGAACUGUGAAGAUGGGCAUUUUGACUGCAAUCACUCUCCUACGACAUCGAAGCCCGACUUGGACCUUCCUGUCAGCACUGUGGUGCCUGUAACGAUCAUCACAGAUUCUGUUUGUGGAGAAGAGAAUGGCAUGGAUGAUGCCUCAGAAAGGGUGAUUGAAGAUGUCUUUCCUGCUCAAGACCACCUGGUUUGUAUUUCCCCUCUAAGCGACCUCCAAAAUCUCAAAUAGCUCAAAUUCCUCUUCCAUGCAAGAAGCCAUUGAGGGGUGGUUCAUCUCUGGAAUCCCUCUACUGCAGUGAAGUUCAGGAUUCAGAUGAGGUGACUGACACUUUUUGAGUCUUGUUAAAUCUCUGAGCCACCACCUAAGCUAACUCUAAUGUCGGUCUGUACAGCAUGCAAUUUUUGUUUAGAUGACAGGUUGUUGGUGCCUGAUGCAGAGACAUGCUCUGCUUCUUAGCUUUCAGGUUCAUUUGAUUUCCCCUACUGAAUCUAUGUAUUGGCAAAGGUUGGUCUAGUGCCCCGUCCCUCAUAUGUCUAAGUCGAGUUUUGUGAAUCAUAGGGGAAACUGAACCUGCUGCGCGUUUUGCUUAUUGCGUCCUCCCUGUAAAUGAGAAAGUUAUAUUCUUAUGGGAAGUAGCAUUUCUGCUUA